AUGUCAUUCGAGGGCUUGCAGGAGCGCCUAACGGCUCUGCAGGAGACCACCACCCAGCUCAAGGAGCUCAUCGACCGGCUUGCGACCCUCAAGUUCCAGCCUGGUUCCGUGCCCCUGGCCACCGACGAGGAGAACAGCGUCAGCGGGGAGCUCAGCACCGAGAUUACGGGAACGCUGCGGGACGGAGAGGAGGAGUAUGAGAUUCUACAUGAAGAGGUGGAGUUUGUUCGCGCGGCGGAGCAUGAUAGGGCGAGGUUGAGGGAAGGUGUGGAAAAGAUUGGAAAGGAGCUUGCAAGUUGCCGUCUAUCCUUCCGGAAGGCACGACUAUCCGCAAAGCAGAGCCUCUUGCAGGCGCAAAGACUCGAGCGCGAGCUCAUGGUUACUUCAUUCUCGCAACCCACUUCAGAAGCCGGCUCCCUACACCCAGACGACGAAAAGCCCUCGGCCGCCGUCCGCCCCUCGCGACAACACCAUGCGGUCCAACAGCAGCAGUCCAGUCUUUCAGGGGAGGACCGGGAGGCGGUUGGGGCGAGCGCCAAUGUGACCAACGCCCUGCGGCGCACGCACGACAUUAUCCAGGCCGAGUUGGCGCGCAGCGAGUUUGCGCAUCAGACACUUACCGAGUCUUCUGCGGCGCUGAAGGAUCUCAACGAGUCGUACAGCUCGCUGGAUACGAUGCUGGCGAAUUCACGGAGUCUGCUGGGGACGCUGGUGCAGUCACAAAAGUCCGACACCUGGUACUUGCAGACGGCCGUCUACAUGCUCCUCACGACUUUUUGCUGGUUGUUCUUCCGGAGGAUACUAUACGGGCCACUGUGGUGGCUCGUUUGGCUGCCCCUCCGAGUAUUGUUCGGUGUAGGAACCACGGCUGGCGGCGCGAUGAUACGCGCGGGAUCCGGCGCCGUCAAGGUGGAAGAGGUCGGAGAUGUCAGUCAGGGGGUCCCCGUGGAGGGUCUGCCCGCGAAGGAUCUACCCACUGUCCAAGUUGGCACUGAGAAGGAGGCGGAGGUGCUGGAGGAGGUGGAUAAGAUCCUGAAUGUUAUCGAGGAAGCGAAUGAGCAGGAUAAUAUCACGGAAGAGGAGGAUGCCGACAGUGCCCGGAAUACCAAGAAGAGAAUGUGGGAAGAGCCCGAGGUUGUGGAGCAAGAACGGCCCAGAGACGAGCUCUAG